AGCUGGAUUUCAUUUACCGGUAAAGCUGUUGGUAAAAUUUUCGUGAUUUUAAAUUGUGGUUGUGAUUUACUCAUUUCUCUCCUUUUCUGGUGGAUUUUUAAGAUGAAAUUUUCUACUUUUCGAUGGAUGUUUAUGAGUACAGAACACUGUACAUUGAUGGAAGGAAAUUUGGUCGAUACAAGAUGGUAUGUACUAAAUAUGAUCUUCACAAUGGACAAACUAAUACACAGUUUUUGACAAAAAAUGGAGAAAAAAUGGAUGUAGAUAACAAAACGGAUUCCAUGGAAACAGAAAAUAUGGUUAAUACCAAAGUCCUGUCAGCUGGACCUGAAGGAGAUAGUGUUGAAACAAUUGGCAAUGGUCCUAAAUAUGACGAUAUUAAAAUCUCCAAAGACGGUGAUAAUUUUGUGAAUAUUGACACUGUGAAAAAGCCGUUUUCUGAUUUUAUACAUUUGGAUGAUAUGUCGGCAAUGUCUGGUGACAGUGGCGGAAUACAGGAUACACACUCCAUUGCCAGUAUGACAGCAUCUGGAACAAGUUCUAGUAAUAAAAGUCCAAAUCAUAAACCAGACAAAGAAAAAGGCCAAAUUUUAGUUUCUGCUGGCAGAUCAGACAUGAUCACCCAAAAUGGAAAGGUUUUAGCUAUAGAUCAUGUCAAAAAAGAAAAAGAGAAAGAAAGAGAAGACAAAAUAAGACAACAGAAGGAAAAACUGGCAGAGGAGAGACAGAAAAAGUUAGAGGAGAUGAAAGAACAACAAAGACUUGCUCAAGAAAAGAGGGAGAAACAGUUGGAACUGAGGCGUUUAAAGAUAGAGGAGCUGAGAAGAAGAGAUGAUGAAAGAAGGCAUGCAGUUGAAGAAAGGAGAAGGCGUCAAGAAACAGAAGAAAUGGCAAGAAGAGAAUCCAUCAUCCAGAAAUCCCAAGAUAGAAUCACAAGAUUUGAACAGUGGAAAGCUAGUGGUAGAAAAGGAGGAUCAUUCGGAGGCGGUACCCCACCCAAUAAGCACCUGUCCAUGUCUACAAGUGUUUUAUAUAAUAAACGCAGCUCUGAUAUCGGCGGCAGCACAGGGAACCUGAGUGUCAAAGAUCGACCAGGGUCCCUCCUUGCUCUCAACACCAUCUCCGAAAAACGUCGAUCUUUUCUAGCUGGUAAUGGACCUCCUCCGACUCGCCCAAAGAGCAGUAUCAACUUGAACACGAAAGAAAAUAUCAAACUGCGAGAGAGAUCCACACCACGAAAACCACGUCCUUCUAGUGUGGCUACUUCAAUGCCAAGUUUUAUGCAUGUUGAGUCUCCAUCACCAAAGAUGAGAAGUAAAAGUAGUGAUAGAGUCAACAGAGAUAAACCAAAAGGAGCAGUGCCACCUCAGCCCAAGUUUACACCAAAGAAGGAGAAAGAUGCUCUUAAUAAACAAGAGAAGAGCAAUGAUAAGAAAGAUGAAAAGAAGAAAUUUGACCCAAGAAUAUUAUUGGCAGAAAAGAGGAAAGCUGAACAGCAGAAGAAAGCAGAAGAGGCCAAAAGAGAAGGCUCACCUGAGAAAACUGACAAAUCCAAAAUGAAGAUAUCUCAGAGUUCCAUUGACAGACUUUCAGCACCAAAACAGGUCAAGGUCAAAGAGGAAACACCCACCAAACCAGAACCAGUCAAAGCAACACAUGUCAGAAAACCGCCAACAGUACCUCGUAUUAAAACCCCAGCAGUGCCUCGUACUAAAACCCCAGCAGUACCUCGUACUAAAACCCUAGCAGUUCCCCGUACUAAAACCUCAGUUAAGAAGGCCAAACCUACCAAGCAGAAAGGAAAAGAAAACAAAGAAACAUCUAUGAAAGACAAAAAGACAGAUAAAUCUGAAAAGAUUUCUAGUACAGAAAAAUUGGAUAUUAAAGAAGAGGGUAAACCUCGUAGCAAACCUUCUACUCCAACAAAACAAAUUCGCUCCAAGAGUGGCAGUCCUUCUAAGAUGCAGGUUUCGUUUGAUUCCUCUCUUGUUUCUUCUACUGAUGCUAUCAGCAAUGAUCAGCUUUUUGAAUCAAUAGAAGAUGAAACUCUUCCAGAUUUGGGAGACUCUUCACCCGACCAUUCAGAAUCAUCUGCUAGAGAGGGACAGAAAGUUGAAAAUCUAGAUGACAGCCUGAACAAAAGUAUCGAAGAAAUUCAAGACAUGGAAAUUGUGGCAGGUAAUUUUGAUGGUGAGGAAAAUGUUAAAGGUGUCGUAGAAAAGAGCAGUUCUCCAAUGCCAGAUGUUGUGCCACAAGUAGAGGAAUCAAAGAAUGAAAGUGAUGAAGAAAAGGUUGUCAAGUCAAUUCCCAUUGUUAUUGAGCCAGCAGUUACUUCCACUCCUGCCAGGGAGUCUAGGGAUUUAUCCCCAGCCUCUAAAGCAGGAACACCUGCAUCUGCCUCUAAGUCACAGAAAGAACUGGAACUAGAAGAAUACAGAGCUAAACUGGCUGAAAAGAGGAGACAGGCCAGAGAAAAAGCUGAACGUGAAGCAGAAGUUGAGAGACAAAAACAAGAACAACUUAGACUUGAGGAGGAAGAAAGGCAAAGAAAGGAAGAAGAAGAAGAAAAGAAAAUUGAGGAAGAAGCAGAAAGACUAGCUGAGGAGGCUAGAAGAAUGGAAGGUGAAAGGUUGAGGAAAGCCAUUGAAGCAGAGGAACAGAGGAAAAAAGAGGAAGCUGAAAGAACUGAACAAGAGAAAUUAGCUAGAGAAGAGGCUGAAAGAAAACAGAAAGAAGAAGCAGAAAGGAUGGAGAAAGAAAGAAUAGAGAAAAUUAAGAGAGAUGAAGAGGAGAGAACUGAAAGGAAAAAGAAACUUGCUGCAAUCAUGUCCAAAGUAAAAUCAGAUAAAAAUCUGGCUUCACAUGGGUCAGAUUCAAACUUGUCUGCAAUGUCCAUGUCACAGAGUUUGACCAACCUUGUUACAAAUGAAGAAGAACAACCCAAAGAAGAACUUACAGUCACAACUGAUUCUACUCCAAAAUUUAAAUCCCCUUUGUUACAAAAACUGGCUGAAAAUAAACAAAAUGGGGGUGAAACUCCAAAAUUCAAAUCUCCACUUUUACAAAGUUUAUUAGGAAAGAAAGGACGAUUGGCUGAAAAACUUGAAGCUGAAAAAUCAGAAACAGAAACGGACUCUGAUAGAAGUGAUACAGACACAAAAGUUUCUACAGAAACAAGGGACAUAAGUCAUAUAAGUGCUGAUUGUAAUAGUGACGCUAGUGAUAGUAGUGACAAUAAUUCUGUGAUAAACGCUGAUACAUUAAACAAUGGUAUUCAUAAUGGACAUAUAAAAGAAUUGGUAGAUUCUAGUAUUAGUAUGAGAACAGUUGACUCAUUGGGAACUUCAGUAACAGAUAGCUCUUUAUAUGGAAGUCUAACAGAUUCAGCGACAACAGCUGAUCAUAAAUUUGAACAAAUUAUAGAUCUUGCAGUCACAAAUGCUAAAUAUAAUACAAGUGACGAUUUGUUGAACUGUAAUACUAAUAUCUCUUUUGACAAUAAUCAAGAGGAAGAAACUCUACCAAAGCCUAUUAUUGCCUUUGAGGACAAUGCAACCAGAAGACAAGAAGUCGCAGAUUUCUUAUGAAAGUGCUAAUAGUUUAGUGACUAACGGUAUUCACUCAGACAAUUCAUUUAGUGAGGACAUGUCUGCUUCUGAAGUUAAAGACCAUAGUUCAUCAUCUACUGACACAUCUAAUGAGUCAUUCACCGAAAAUGUCUACAGUGAAAACUUUGAGACGGAUCCUGCAUCUCAUAAUGUUGACCAUUAUGAGAAAGACCCUAAGCAGGUGGAACUAGAUAAUAUGUGGCAGCAGUUAGAGGGAGCUAUGAUUCAAAGCCAUGAUGAAAUACGGGAGAAAUUAGUGGAAUAUGGGGUGGGAGAUGGGGAUGAAGACAGUGAAUCAGAGGAGGGGCAGAUAUGGAGAAUGGUUCAGGGAGAUUCCCCUUAUAUGCUUGAACUUACAUGAGAAAAAACUUGUAUAGUCAUGUAGGUUUUAUGUAAUUUGUAGGAAAAUAGUUAUUCUGUUCAACUUAUUAUGAACUUUACUAAAAAAAAUGAAAUAUAGUUAUAUGAAAAAUAAGCUCUAUUAAUUAACACAUGGAAUAAAGUCAGAUAGAUAAUUUGAGAUAACCCUAGCUCAAUAAAAGCAUAUUUACAUUGUUAACUUGUACUUAGAUAAAAACAACAAUUCUCGGUAUAUUGUUUAAAGUAUUUAAUCACUGACUCUUUUUAUCUAUGCCUGUAAAUUUGGAAAUUUUCGAGAGGUUGAUUUUCGUUUUGUAAUUUUCGACAUUUCGCAUGGGGGUUAAUUUCACGCAGUUUAUUUUUCUUUUCCUUUCUUGAUUAAAGAAAAUGCGUGGAGGAAGUAUUUUAUACUUCUCUAUUAUAGUUGUAUGCUACAAAAGCGAAAAAUUAACCCCAUGCGAAAAUUUCCAAGCUUACAUUCCACAGUUCCAUGUGCAAUAUCACCAGUGAAAUCUAAAAAGAACUUUUUCCAAAGAAAAUAUUCUACUUUUAACUUACAUCAAAAUUCAGUUGACUUUGCAGCUAGAAAUUAGUAUAUUUAGAUAAUGACUUUUUUUCUAACAUUGAAACAAGAAUAGAUAUUAUCUAUAUGAUUUAUAAGCUUAACAAAGAACUUUGUUUGUGUUUUGAUAUUCUAAGCAAAUUCAUAAAAAUAAGUAAUUCACAAAAAGUGCAAACUUGAAAUUUAAAGUGUAAUAUUCUUCUUUCAAAAAAAGGUAUAAUUAUCUCCCUUAACAGCUAAAUGAAUUAUGUCCCUUGUUAACCAAAGUCACACCGAUCAGCACUUAGAUUCUGUUCUGGAAAUAAUAACCUAUUACAAAUGUAUACAUUUUCUACUGGAUGCCUAUACAUCUAUUUUAAAAAAAGGGAACUAAGGAAUUUUUUUAUGGUAUUAUAAAUGAGAUAGAAAUUUCAUUUAAAAAGGUUUUAAAUUAUAGUAAAAUAAUAAAUAAUAUUCAGUUGUGAAACAGAAGGAGUACUAUUAAGAUUCCAGUUUAAUUUGAACUACAUGUCCUCACAAUUUCCAGAAUUUGAUAAGUGUUGAUAGGUUAUUUAUAUGCUGUAUCUACAUGUGUGUUUUGUUAGUUUAAUGAAAGAAGUGCUUGAUAAAUAGAAAGACUGAUUGAUUAUAAUGGUUAUCAACUUUUUUGUUUGAAAACAUAAAUGGUUUGUUAUUGCGAACCUCGAGAUUAUGUGAUAUAAUUUUGCUGCCACGUAUUAUACGAAUAUUGUAUUUUUAUGAAAUUAUGACAGUUUGCCAUUAUUACAUUAUUACAUUUUUUACAAACAAAGCAAUGUGAUUGUAUUUAUGAUAAAAGAGUUGAUGAGUGCUUAUAAUGUAUAUAUAUAGUUAGGUAUUAUUUUAAUUUGUACCGUUUUUUCCAUAGCUUUUUGUAUCCCUGUUUAAGUUCUGCAGUAUUCUUUCUUAAAUGGACACAUGUAUUCUAGUCCCUUACUUCUCAGGAAUAUUGAAAAGAGUUCAUAGAAAAGGUCAAAAUGGUAUUUGUUUCAAUACAACUGAGGAAAUUCAGAUAAUAUUGACUUGAAUGAUAAUCACAGUAAAGCAUGUAGAUUUUUAACUGAUUUUUCAAUUGAAAACAGAAAUGUGUGUCUAUACUGUAAAACUUUGUACUGGCACUACUUUAAAUAAUAAAUUUUGCUGAUAUGAAAAUAAUUUUAUGAAUGUACAAGUGAAUUCAAUAACAAAAAUUACAAAGACUGACAAUUAUUGGUGUCCUUCAAAAUGUUCAGUAAUGCAAAUCCAUCAUUUUGACCAUACAGUUUUACAAAAUGUGUGUGGUUUCUAUGUAGGAAAUUCCCACAAUACAUACUUCCAUAUGUCUAAUUUUUUGAGAAUCCAUUAUUUGUACUUGAUCAAUAGUGGUAGAAAAAUGAGAAAAUAAGCACACAGAGUAUAUAACCAUUUAAAGAAGCAGUGGUACAAAGAUUUACAGUAUUUAUACAAGUUGAAAUUCUAAAAUGAAAUCAAAAUUUUUUUUUAUAAAAUUUUGUAGUUCCUGAAGUCUUGUUUUAUAAGAUGUCAUGAUUUCAGAAAGCAUUCACAUUUUUCAAGAACAUGGUUGAGUUAUAUUCUACAAAAGUUAGGGGUGAUAUUUUGUUUUCUCAUGUGCUCAAAUACUUUGUUACCGGUAUAUCUGUAUUUGUGUGAUACAUAUGUAAAUGUUUAUGCAAAUGUGUGUGUCCCAUCAUUUGUUCAUGUUAAUUUACAUGUUUGUUUUACAUAUGUAUUAAGUGCCAUUUUUAAGCCUCUUAGUAGAAGCAAUUUUGGCAUUUAUGCAUGAAAUUUUAACUGAAUUGUGCUAUUUGGUUGUGCAUUGUAAAAUCACUGACUGAGGCUAGUAUAAAUCAACUUUUGUGCAUACAUUCACUGUGAAUAAUAUGACAUUUAGCAGUAAUGAGAAUGUCCAUUAAGAAAGAAAACAUUAAUUAUUGUGUUUGCGUAUUCUUUAUUUAAAGUAAAAAGCUUUAAGAGAAAAAAGAAUAUGAAAAAUCAUUAAAAAAAUAUAAAAAAUUUAAUAAAUGAUAAAAAUUUCAAAGAAUUAAAAACUUAUGAAAAAAGUAAUCAAUAUAAAAAGCAAAUGAAACAUUAAAAAAAAUAAAUCAGUUAUAAAUGCAAAAUUAUGAAAGUAUUGCAUAAUGCAUUAAGAAGAAGAUUGCAUUAUGAAUAAGUUAGUUUCUAACUUUGCCACUUAAAAAUGGCAUAAAUAGUGGACAAGCUCACCAAAGGUGCUUAACAACUUCAACUUUUAUCAUAUUUAAAAAAAAUCUAAAAUUUCUUUAGUGUUAGUCUAAGUUUUGUUGUGUUACUUUUCUUUUUUUCACUUACAUUGUAUUCUACAGUUUAAGUGUCAACAGGAAGAUUUAAUUCAAAUAUGAUAUACUCAACUUAACCUGUUUAAUGGUAUAUAAAAUCUAACCAAUAUUCAUUCAUAUUUCAUUUACAUGUUUUAUACUGAUUUUGUACGCUAUUUAUAUCUGUGUAUGUACAAGGAAUACUAAAGACAAUACAGUUUUCUGUAUGUUUCUGUCUGGUGGGCAGUUCCGUUUGUUUGCUUGUCCACAAUAUGUCUUCAGACUCAAUAAAAGAUGAAAAGCUCA